AAGGAUGUGGUAGUGCUACGCUUGCUUCUACCUCUCUUUGUAUUACCUGCUCGUCUUCACUCAGAUCGUCUUGUACCGGUCUCAGAAGGAACGCGUUCCUUAAUACUUCGUCGAGAAUUCUAGUAAAGAAAUGAUAUAUAUUUGAGCUGUUUUCGUAUAUAAUACAAGAGGAGUAAAGAACAGAAUCGAAUAACGCGUGAAUAUUUUUCAACUUGAAAAAUAUAUUUCAAUUUACUUUAUAUUUCUUUGACAGUAUUUUUAUGGACUUCGAGAAUUACAUUUCUUUGCGAGGAAUACUGUGUGUGUUUCGCCUACGAAUUGAUUCAUAUGAUCAAGAAUAUCGUCUUUUACAUCAAGAUUUCAGAAGAAUAUCUUAAUCGAAAACGCGUUAACAAUUGAUAUGUGUGACAUAAUAGCAUCUUUCGUGAUAAUAAAAAUGCGAACGAUCCUUUGAGUUUCUGCGCGAUAUCGUCACGAUGCAACAUCAUCUCAAGAAAUGUUAGAAAAGCUAAUCUAAAUCUUAAAGAACAACGAAUGUGUGGAAAUAACUUGAUUAGCAAUAAACGAGAGUUCAAGAAUACAGAAAAUGACUUCUAUGUGUAGCAGCAGAAAGAGCCAUGCUGUGAUGAAUGAUGGUUAUUUUCAUAGACGUAGCCCUUAUGCUUACCAAAAUGACUAUUAUUUAACGCCAAGAUCUACUUGGUCUAAGGCAUCGAUAGCACGGGUGAAUAGUAAUUCUACAUGGAGAUUUAGUGCCAUGUUAAUUAUAUCCUCUAUAUUAGUAUUAAUAGCAGUGCUAGCAAUUGCUGGAUUAGCUUUAUGGAUGGUUAUCCGAACAGAUUCUAAAAAUGCUAUUAUCGAAUUUUCGUGUAGCUUCAGAAUUAUUAGAGGAGAAAAAUACAAUCCCAUGUUAAAGCUGAGUACAAGCAUGGUUUUCCGAGAAAAAGAACGCAAAUUUCAAAACAUUUUUGAGCUUUUAUUUAGAAAAAGCAUAUUGGGUUCAUCCUACAAACGAACAACGAUAGAAAAAUUUGAAAAUGGGACCUUGAAAGUAUUCUUCAGAUUGUAUCUUGAUCGAAAAAAGAUACCACGUUCAAUUAUAAAUGUUGAAGAUACUAUUGAAGAUAUUAUCGUCAAAGAAACAUAUUCAAUAUCAUCUUUGUUUAAAGAUAUGGAAUUAGAUCUCACGACUGUUUCGGUGAAAAGAAUAAAUAAAGAAGAAAGAGGGAAGAUAGGUAGCAUAAAUCAAAAGCAAGAACAGCAGAAACACACUAUGGUUACUAAAAACAGUUUAUUACGACCAAACAGAACCAACAAUUUAAUUUUGAGUUCAAAGUCGAAAACAAAUACUGUAAGACCAGCUAAGAUCGAUUCCAAUGAAUCCGAUAUAGAUUUUAGCAAUAUUCCAACUAUUAAAGGUACUUAUAGAGCAACGAAAGUUAAUAUUAGUACUGCGUAUAAUUCGACUAAAGGAACAUCUAAGUUAACACCGGAUAUUAAGGAUACUACUAGGAAAAUACUCUCCCAUGAACAAAUCACAAGGUCAAAUAAAACAUCCAAUUUUAUGAACUAUUCGCCAACGGACAAACCUACCAUAUCUUUCACAAAAUCCACGACAGUUAUGUUCAAUGAAGAGAAAUUAAACGGAAAAAAGAAAGAUGAAUUGAAAACGUCACAAGAGUUAAGGAUCACAACUACUCAAAGCAAUUUGGACAUUUUCAAAGAUUUCCAUAAUCCUGAUUUGGAAACUUCACCGUGGAAACCAAUUAUACCAGGAUAUAUCAACACAGAAUUUAAAUUGUUAUCCGACAGUGAUAUCGAAGAAUCUAAUCGUACUGAAUUAAGCACGCAGAAAAUUGUUUCAUUCACAAAUGAUCUUCGCAGUAAUAUAAAACAACUCGACAAUAAGACGAGUACGACACCGUCGACAAUAUUAGGAUUAUCGGAAUCUGUUAAUUUUCAUGACAUCAGUACCAUUAGCACUGACAUCACCGGCUUUCCGCGAGACAGAAUUGUCCCAGAUUUGACAAUGUCUAAAUCAGAGGACAAUGAAAAACCAGAUAUCGAAGUAGCCGGACAACUGCCUUCGGAAACAUACAAUGUCAGAUUAAAAGUCUCAUCAGAAUAUGAUAGCAAGGACAAAACAAUUUCUAACUCGAAGAUAUUGGAAAGUUUGAUAACUCGCAAUGUCUUCGAAAACAUUUCGAUAAAAGAUGAUGCUUUAUUUUAUAAAGAUCAUGCAGACUCAAACGAUACUCAAAAAGCGGAAGAGAAAUUUGAUAAUUUGGUAUCAACGAUAAAACCUGAUGAUACUGAAUCACAUCAUAGCGAAAAAAAUUCGAGUAAAUCACCUACACGUGGUAUUGGCAUAGCGGAGCCUAUAUUAGACACAGAAAUUGAACUAGAAACAAGAAAUAAAGAUAGUACCUUGACAUUAAACGAAAAUGAAAAAUAUACGUUGCAGGACAAAAACGUCGAUAUUAAUUCGCAACAACCGAUUUAUACCAGUUACAAUACUCCUGAUCUGAAUGGAGGCGGUUUUGGACCAGGCUUGAUCGAGAAUUCGGCAACUAUAAGACCUUUCAGACACACAAUACCUGUUGAUAAAAUUACAUCCGUCGUAAAUUAUAAUGACAACAUUUCUCUUCGUUACUCGGACGAUUUAUUUCUUUCGAAUGACGAGAUGGAAGCGGAAUCAAAUAUGUCCCAAGAUAAAGUUAUGACACCGUUGCUACCGAAUUCAGAGAUUGUAGAGAUGGAAACUUUUGUUACAGAGUACGACGAUACUACAGUUCAGCCAUCAAAUUACGAACAAAUUAUAUCGACAAAUCCAAAUAUCAACGAUGAACGCGAUGAUGAGUUGUCGUAUCUUAGUACUACAGAGAGUUAUUCAGAUCCCAUAAAAAAAUUGAUCGUGGAAAAUUCGGACGACAAGAAAAGCAUAUCGAGAAAUUCAACAUUUAUUGAAAUUGAUAUUGUUAAGCAUACGCCCGGUCAAUCAAACAAAAGUUCGGAAUCAUACGCGGAAACAACGACGAUGAACAAUAAUAAUGAUAUAAAGAAAGUUUAUAACGAUACUUUAAAAGCUUACGUCGUAAAAAAUCUCGCACCUGUUAAUAACAAUACUGGAAUUGAUAAAUUAGUGCAAUCGAGACCAAAGAUCGAUUCUAUUGAAUCUACUUCUUUGGAGCAACUAUUCGAAACGCGUAAUUAUACGUCUGAGAGAAAUGUAAUGAAUACCAAACCCAUUGUUUUUGAUCGUUUUUCUUCGCACGAGAUCUCACCGGAUUCUACGAGAUUUAGAGAAAAGGAAUCUUCAACGCACAAGAGUACCAUAAUCGAGCAAAUAGUCGAAAUUGUAACUUCCAUCAGUACCAGAGUUUCGUCAAACAUCAAAAAUAAUUCCGUUGUCUCGAAAUUAAUUAUCACAAAUUCUACUAAUCCAAUUACCCGAUCGGACAAAAUUUCAGCAUCGAAUGAAGCAGAUAGAUUAUUUGGACUCACUACAACAGAAAAAGUAGUCUCGUCAAUUCAAGAUCAACCAUCUUUAUCUUUGAAGAAUUCGAGGACAAUGCAAACAUCGGAUAAGAAAACAUUGACUUUCGAAGAAAAUCAAAUUCUACUAGAGAAACUUAAGCAACUCGCCAAAAUUAGGACGGAUGAUGAUUUUGUGCAAAUUAGGAGAAACAAUUCAAAUUCUAGCGUAAAGUUGCAAUUUCAAGAUUCUAAUGUAUCAUCGUUGAAUAUCGAUGAAUUAAAAAAGAUCGCUAACAUUAUGACUGAAAACAAAACUUUAAAAAAUGUAAAUUUAGGAGUUACAUUGAGUCGCGAUGGCGUGAAAAUAUUUACAAAAGUACUAAAUAAGAUAGAAGAUCAAACAAAUGAGGCACUUACAACAAUCCGACCAGAUUUCAAGAUUUCUCCAAAUAGUAAUGUAAGAGCAACGCGCUCAAACAUGCAUAAACGAGUAGAAGAUUGUUAAUGCAGAGUUUAAAUGACUUAAUGGUAAAAGAAUUUAAAAAUAAUUGUUUUUAAUUUGUUUUCUGCUUUUCAUUUUAUUUUUUGUUGUUUUUUUUUAAUUUUAUUUAAAGAACAUAGACUAGAGAGAGAGAGAGAGAGAGUAUUGUCAAAUGUCAAACGCAAUGCUAUUGUGCGACUGGUUGCCUACCUCAGGCAGUUUGAACAUAUAUAUAUAUAUAUAUACAUCAGUUCCUUAGGGAUUGAAGGACAAGAUUUUUUAAACAAAAAUUCUGUAAAAUCUCUCAGAAAUUUGUCCCAUGAGUCUUGAAACAUCUUGUAUGUAUUGGUUGACAAAUAGGAACAGAAUCAUAUUGUUUUGUACAGAAAAUUGUUUCCUAGCAAUUUGACAAUCAAUUUACUCAUAA